AUGGAGAAAAACGAAAUUAGAGCUGUCAUCAAGUACCUCUGUUUGAAAAAAAUGUCUUCAAAAGACAUACACAGUGACUUAGUGGAAACAUUGGGGGACUCUGCUCCUCCAUAUUCUACAGUUGCACGCUGGGCCAAGGAGUUUAAACUGGGCAGAACAUCCACUGAAGAUGAACAUCGCGAAGGACGCCCAUCCACGUCCCUCACUGAAGACAACGUGAAAAAAGUCGAAGAUGUUGUGUUGGCAGAUCGAAGAGUGACCAUCAGGUAUGAAGCUGAGGUCACAGGGAUCUCAUAUGGCAGCGUUCAAAGAAUCCUUGCGAACGAGUUGCAUAUGAAAAAGGUCUCUGCGCGUUGGGUGCCCAGAAUGUUAACCGACGAGCAAAAGAAAAAUCGAAUUGACAUUUCGAGGGUCAAUCUCCAAAAGUUCCAAGCAGAUCAAGAAAAUUUUUUGUUCCGUUUUGUGACUAUGGACAAGACCUGGAUCCUUCAUUUUGAUCCUGAAACGAAACAACAAUCGAUGACUUGGAAGCGAGCCUCCUCACCGACGCCAAAGAAAUUCAAAGUUUCAAGUUCGGCGGAAAAGGUUAUGGUAUCUGUUUUUUGGGACGCUCAAGGCAUAAUUAUGGUGGAAUAUUUGGAAAAGGGAGCCACUAUUACGGGCUCUUACUACGCAGACCAAAUAAGAAGAUUACGGGAGGCUAUUAAGGAAAAAAGACGCGGCAAACUGCGAGCUGGAGUGCUGUUUCACCAAGACAAUGCACCGGCUCACAAAGCCGCAGUUGCGAUGGCUGCCAUUCAAGAAACGGGAUUCGAACUGCUCGAACACCCUCCCUAUUCACCAGAUCUAGCUCCUAGUUAUUUCUACCUCUUUCCUCGGCUCAAGGAACGCCUCCGAGGCAAGAAAUUCGAAGACGAUAGCGAAGUAAUGGCCGCUGUUGAAGCGUUUUGGGAGGGUCAAAAAAAAAGAAUUUUUUUCAAACGGAAUCCUGGGUUUAGAAAAAAGAUGGACUAA